AAAGAAGAGAAACUUCUCUCACUCUCUAUUUUUGCUCCUCUUCCACUUCUCCCAAGCACACUUGUAUAGCUGCCUGGAGUGUUGGCCUGGCCCCAAACCCAUAGAAAUUUGCAAAGUAUAAAAACUUCUCAAGAAUGAGAUGGAUCCUGGGGCGUUCUCUCCUGAGAAACAGGAUAAAGAAAAUUUAGUGGGCAUCAACAGUAAACAGCUUGGUGUUUGUGGCUGGAUCCUGUUUUUUCUUUCUUUCCUAUUGAUGAUCAUUACCUUCCCUAUCUCCAUAUGGAUGUGCUUGAAGAUCAUUAAGGAGUAUGAACGUGCUGUUGUAUUCCGACUUGGACGCAUUCAAGCUGGCAAAGCCAAAGGGCCAGGUUUAAUACUGGUCCUGCCCUGCAUAGAUGUGUUUGUCAAAGUUGAUCUCCGAACUUUUACUUGCAACAUUCCUCCACAAGAGAUUCUCACCAGAGACUCUGUGACUACACAAGUGGAUGGAGUCGUCUAUUAUAGAAUCUAUAGUGCUGUCUCAGCAGUGGCUAAUGUCAAUGAUGUCCACAAAGCCACAUUUCUGCUGGCUCAGACCACUCUGAGAAAUGUCUUAGGGACACAGACUUUGUCCCAAAUCUUAACUGGCCGAGAAGAGAUUGCCCACAACAUCCAGACCUUACUUGAUGAUGCCACUGAGCUUUGGGGGAUCUGGGUGGCCCGAGUGGAAAUCAAAGAUGUCCGGAUUCCUGUGCAGUUGCAGAGGUCCAUGGCAGCUGAAGCUGAGGCCACUCGGGAAGCCAGGGCCAGGGUCCUUGCAGCAGAAGGAGAAAUGAAUGCUUCUAAAUCUAUGAGGUCAGCUUCCAUGGUGCUGUCUGAGUCCCCCAUAGCCCUCCAACUGCGUUACCUACAAACCUUAACCACUAUAGCCACAGAGAAGAAUUCCACCAUCAUAUUUCCUUUGCCCAUAAACAUACUAGAGGGUAUUGGUGGUGUCAACUACAAUAACCAUCAGAAAGUUUCUAACAGAUCCUGAGGUCCUCCUGC